AUGCAAAAUAAUAUACAAAACAACAAUAAUAAUAAUAAUAAUAAUGGUAACAAUAAGAAGAAACUUAGAUCAAAAAAUGUGGUAUUACACUUUAUAGCAGGUGGAGCAGGUGGAGCAAUGGGUGUUAUUUGUACAUCUCCAUUAGAGGUUAUUAAAACUCAACUUCAAGCAAAAAACUCAAUGUUAUUAGUUAAAGAUAAACCAAGAUUUAUGCCAACUACAUUUUAUUCAUUAUAUCAUUUAGUAAAAAGAGAUGGAAAAAGAGGGUUAUUUAAAGGAUUGGGUACUCAUUUAUCGGGUGUAGUACCAGCAAGAGCAAUUCAUUUUAGCACAUAUAGUUUAACCAAAUCAGUUAUGAAUAAAUUAGGAUAUACAGAUGGUCCAACAUUAUGGAUUACCAGCGCAGUUACGUCUGGUAGUGCAGUAGCGAUAGUGACAUCACCCAUUUGGUUGAUUAAAACUCGUAUGCAAUUACAAACUUCAUUAAAGAAUUUUAAUGAAGGUACACAAUAUAAAGGUUUUCUUCAUUGUUGUUUUUCAAUUGUACGUGAAGAGGGUCCAUUAGGUUUCUAUAAAGGUUUAGGUGCUUCAUUAAUUUCAGUAUCGGAAUCAGCAUUCCAAUUUGUUCUCUAUGAAGGUUUUAAAAAUGGUAUUUUAAAGUUAAAACGUGAAAAUGGUCACGAAAAUCCAAACGAAUUAACAACACCUGAGUAUCUUAUAUCUGCUGGUGUAGCAAAAUUAAUAGCAGCAUUUUCAACAUAUCCACACGAAGUAGUUAGAACUCGUCUAAGAGAACAAGUAAAACCUGGUACCGUUUCAAAAUAUAAAACUGUACUUCAAACAUUAUAUUUAGUAGCAAAGGAAGAAGGUCUUAGAGGUUUAUUCGGUGGUUUAGGCCCACAUCUCAUCAGAGUUGUUCCUAAUUCUUGUAUUAUGUUUUUAACUUAUGAAUUUGUUUUAGAUGUUCACCAAGCAGUUUCAUCAGUUUUUAAUAAAUUUAAUAAUAAUAAACAUUAA